AAAACCAGAUUAUCUGUUAACGAGAAAAAAAAAAAAAAACCAAUGGCGCUAACUCCUCCUCCUUCGCCAAAUCUUCUCCAAGUCUCAGUUAAAUCUUCAUCGUCUCCUUGUCUAUCACCGUCCGUACAUUACCUUCUCUUCGGUUCUCCAUGCUCCAACGCUUCCCCGUUUCUGCUUCAAAAGAGCGGGCUUCCGCUGCUUCCCGUGGCGGUGAAACCUUCUUCUUUGGAGCGGAAGAUCAAGUGCUUCAUUACAAGAUCGUACACGAAAGAAGACCGUUUGAACGAGCCGGAAACAUUUUCCGCCGAGGAUGUCGCCGGAGGCGAUGAUGAAGAUGGAGGGAGUGAAGAUCUGGACUUGCAGCAAAACCGUGGUUCUGCGGUUGCCUCGCCGAGGAUUGCUUCGUCUUCCAGUGAUUCACUCUCGCUUGGAAUUCGCGAGCCUGUUUAUGAGGUGCUAGAAGUGAAGUCAAAUGGAGUAGUAUCUACAAGUAGGAUAAAUCGACGUCAAUUACUGAAAUCAAGUGGUCUUCGUCCUAGAGAUAUCCGAAGCGUUGAUCCAUCAUUGUUUUUGACAAACUCGGCGCCAUCUAUUCUGGUACGAGAGCAUGCGAUUCUCCUUAAUCUGGGAUCAUUACGAGCAAUAGCAAUGCGAGACUGUGUUCUUAUAUUCGAAUAUAAUCGUAAAGGCGGACAGGCUUUUAUGGACACAUUGUUGCCUCGACUGAAUAACAUGAAUGGAGGGCCAUGUAUGCCUUUCGAGCUUGAGGUUGUUGAAGCAGCAUUACUUUCAAGAACACAGCGUUUGGAGCAGAGACUGAUGGAUUUAGAACCUCGUGUUCAAGCUCUGCUUGAAGAGUUGCCUAAAAAAUUAACCGUUGACAUAUUGGAGCAACUUCGUAUCAGCAAGCAGACUUUGGUUGAAUUGUGUUCAAGAGCAGGGGCGCUUAGACAAAUGCUGCUUGAUCUUUUGGAGGACCCCCAUGAAAUACGUCGAAUAUGUAUUAUGGGAAGAAACUGUACUUUGAAAAGGGGAACUGAUGACGUGGAAUGUUCUCUACCCUUAGAAAAGUUGAUUGCUGAAGAAGAGGAGGAAGAGAUCGAGAUGCUUUUGGAGAACUAUCUUCAAAGAUGUGAAUCUUGCCAUGGUCAGGCAGAAAGGCUUCUUGAUUCUGCAAAAGAAAUGGAAGAUUCUAUUUCUGUCAACUUGAGCUCUCGAAGGCUUGAGGUAAGCAAAGUGGAACUACUUCUUCAGGUUGGGACAUUUUGCGUGGCAGUUGGGGCUCUAGUAGCAGGUAUAUUCGGCAUGAACUUGAAGUCCUACCUGGAAUAUCAUAUGUUUGCUUUUUGGGUCACCACAGCGGGGAUUAUUGUUGGUGGUGUGGUGGCGUUUUUUCUCAUUUAUUCAUAUCUGAGAGGUAGGAGAAUUCUUUAAUUUAGGUAAGUUGUGAAUUACCUUAAAAAGUUGAAAACUAGUUUUUCUAGCCAUUUUAGAACUUAAACUAGGAAAUUGUUAAACAAAAACAAAUAUAUGUGUGUUAUGUUAAACUACUACUACUACCAUUUUCUUUUCAA